ACAGAUAAACUUUUUGUGAGACUUGAGGCGAUCGCAGAAGACUUGAAAGCUCCAACACCAUCACCUGAACAUAAGACAAGGCUUCCGAAAGUAGACAUCCGUCCUUUCGACGAAUCAAAUCCGAAAGUCUGGUUUGACCAGCUCAUGCAACAAAUGAGAGCUGCGAAGAUCUUGGAGGAAGACACGCAGUUUGCUACCUUAUCGCGUUUCCUUGACGGUAGUCAAGCCUUGUUCGUUUCGCCAGUUCUGGAAAGCGGGAAUGAUAAACCCUUUUCAAUGGCAAGAGAUUUAUUAAUGAAUCAAUUUUCUCUUACCAAAAUCCAAAAGAUCCAACAGGUGAUGUUCAUCGAGAAACGUGGUUCGGAGGAGAAGACGGCACACUUGCUCUCAAGGAUCAAUCCUUUGUUGGAGAACAUUUCUGUAGACGAUUUCCGUAAAUUCGUGUUGUUUUCCUCGCUUCCAGACAAUGUUAAGCACCACGUCGCUACUGAUUUCGAAUCGUGUUCCGUGGUUGACUUUCAGCGGAAAUGUGACGUCCUUCUCGACGUUGGUCAAAAUAAAGGUACGUCUCAAGUUGUUUCGGCAGUCUGGAAUACACAGAAGAUUGAACGAAACAAGUACAAGAACAAAGGUAAAGAGACGAAAAACGUAAAAAGUCCCCGUCAAUGUACAUUCCAUUUAGCUUAUGGAGAAAAAUCUCGCUCGUGUAAAGGUCCGAAUUGUCCGUCCUGGAACGAAAAACUGAAGCAAAUGAAAUUUACAGAAAAGACAUCGGGAAACGAAGACGGGUCGUCGACGAAGGAGCCAUCGACGCCUCGAUCAUAA